AUGGCUGUAACAGAGAGUGCGAAGUCCUCUCACCACCAUCAUUCAGCACAGGAUGAGCAUCUUACGUUAAUGCUCUUCCAGGCUUUCGCAAAGCUCCUCGAACCGAUCUAUCAAGGCAAAAAGUUGACAGACCCGAUCACAACUGCUAAAGAUAAAUGGGCUCUUCUACCGGCUUUCCUCAAGGUCAAGGGACUCGUAAAACAGCAUCUCGACUCGUUUAAUUACUUCUGCGAUGUCGAACUCAAACAAAUCAUCAAGGCGAACGAGAUGGUGGUUAGCGAGGUGGACCCGAAUUUCUUUCUCAGAUAUGUGGACAUCCGAGUUGGGCUACCCGAGAGGCAGGACAGCGACAGCGACGCAGACAUUACCCCCAACGAAUGCCGUCUCCGCGAUAUGACAUACGCUGCUCCGGUUUUCGUCGAUAUUCAAUAUGUUCGAGGGAAAGCUGUAAUCGCAAGAAAUGGUGUUAACAUUGGUCGCUUGCCGAUUAUGUUGAGGAGCAACAAGUGCGUGCUCACAAAUAAAAGCGAACAUGAGAUGGCAGUCUUAAAAGAAUGUCCACUAGACCCCGGUGGCUAUUUCAUUAUCAACGGGACAGAGAAGGUUAUCUUAGUUCAAGAGCAGCUAAGCAAGAAUCGUAUAAUCGUUGAGGCGGAUACAAAGAAACAGAUUGUUCAGGCAUCAGUCACCAGUUCUACACAUGAGCGCAAAUCAAAUACCUACGUUCUCAGUAAAAAGGGUGCUAUAUAUCUGCGACACAACUCUGUUUCUGAAGACGUUCCUAUCGUGCUAGUAUUGAAGGCCCUUGGUAUCCAAUCUGACCACGAGAUCCUCCUGAUGGUAGCUGGAACAGAUAGCGUUUAUCAAGACACAUUUUCUGUCAAUUUUGAAGAGUGCUCGAAACUUGGUGUUUUUACUCAACAGCAAGCUCUAGAUUACUUUGGAGCUAGGGUAAGAACUAGUCGAAAGAUCCUCACAACCCGGAAAUCAUAUGCCCAUGAAGCCCUUGAAGCGUUGGCAACUAUCGUUUUGGCUCAUGUACCCGUGAAAAAUCUGAACUUCAGACCAAAGGCUCUGUAUAUCGCGGUGAUGACAAGGAGAAUUCUCAUGGCUAUGGCGAAUCCGCAACUUGUUGACGAUAGGGAUUACGUCGGCAAUAAGCGUCUGGAAUUAGCUGGCCAAUUACUCUCUUUACUGUUUGAGGACUUAUUUAAAAGAUUCAACGGCGAAUUGAAAAUGAACAUUGAUAAGAUCCUUAAGAAGCCCAACAGGACAGAAGAGUUUGAUGCAUACAAUAUCUUGAGUGGUCACGGCCAUACCAUAACGCAGGGAAUGAACCGUGCUAUAUCGACAGGAAACUGGUCCCUCAAGCGUUUUAAGAUGGAGAGAGCUGGUGUCACUCACGUUCUUAGCCGGCUUAGUUAUAUAAGCGCUCUCGGAAUGAUGACUAGAAUAUCCAGUCAGUUUGAAAAGACAAGAAAAGUCAGCGGUCCUAGAGCGCUUCAGCCCUCCCAAUUUGGCAUGCUUUGUCCGUCCGACACGCCCGAAGGUGAAGCUUGCGGUCUUGUCAAGAAUUUAGCUCUUAUGACCCACAUUACAACCGAUGACGAUGAAGAACAUGUUAUUAGGCUUGCGAUGGUGCUCGGGGCGGAAGAUGUCCUCGCGGUCAGCGGGCAGGAGCUAUACGCACCGGGUGCUUAUGUCAUUUUUAUGAAUGGUACACCUUUCGGAAUAACGAGGUAUCCCGCAAGAUUCCUUACAAGAUUUCGUAAAAUGAGAAGAAUGGGCAAAAUUAGCGAGUUUGUUAGUAUAUUCAUCAAUCAUCACCAGGGCGGUGUACAUAUUGCGACCGAUGGUGGAAGAAUUUGCAGACCUUUGAUUAUUGUUGAAAAUAAGAAAUCGAAGGUCACACUCAGACAUAUCAAGUCAUUAAAAGCUGGCAAGAUGACCUUCGAGGACUUUUUGAAGAAAGGGUUAGUAGAGUAUGUCGAUGUGAACGAGGAGAAUGAUGCCCACAUCGCGAUAUAUGAACAUGAAAUAUCAGCCUCAACGACACAUCUUGAAAUUGAACCGUUUACAAUCCUCGGAGCUGUCGCCGGAUUAAUUCCCUUCCCCCACCAUAACCAAUCCCCUCGAAACACCUAUCAAUGUGCUAUGGGUAAGCAAGCAAUUGGAGCUAUUGCAUAUAACCAAUUCUUGCGCAUCGACACCCUAUUGUACUUGAUGGUAUACCCUCAACAACCAAUGGUUAAAACAAGAACAAUUGAACUUAUCAAAUACGAUAAGCUUCCAGCAGGACAGAAUGCGGUUGUAGCUGUCAUGAGUUAUUCUGGGUACGAUAUUGAGGACGCUUUAGUUCUGAACAAAUCAUCCGUGGAUCGUGGGUUCGGAAGAUGCCAAGUUCUACGUAAAUAUGUCACCACGCUCAAAAAGCAUCCUAACCAAACAAUGGAUCGGAUCGGAGACCGUAAGUCGGACGAAGAGGGCAAUCCCAUUAAGAAGCAUCGCAUCAUCGAAGGCGACGGUUUAGCUGCAGUUGGUGAACGAAUAGAACAAGGCGAAUCCUAUAUUCUCAAACAGGUCCCCACCCAUACCGCGAAUAAUCCUGCCGAAGGCCCACAAAAUCGCCUCGGCGACUAUAAAGAUGCUGCAAUGAACUACAAGCUCACCGACCCUGCAUAUAUCGACAAAGUCAUGAUAUCAUGCUCGGAGUCUGAACAAACAAUCAUCAAAGUUUUGACACGUCAGACGAGGCGACCUGAACUUGGUGACAAGUUCUCGUCCCGUCACGGACAGAAGGGUGUCUGCGGUAUCAUUGUGCAACAGGAGGACAUGCCUUUUAAUGAUUUUGGCACUUGUCCCGAUAUUAUCAUGAACCCGCAUGGUUUCCCCUCUCGAAUGACGGUUGGCAAAAUGAUUGAAUUGUUAGCGGGUAAAGCGGGUGUCCUAAGCGGAAAUUUGCAAUAUGGAACUGCAUUCGGUGGCAGCAAAGUACAAGACAUGAGCGAAAUAUUGAUAUCCCACGGGUUCAACUACUCUGGGAAAGAUUUUGUCACGUCAGGGAUUACAGGAGAGUCGCUACAGGCGUACAUAUUCUUUGGGCCAAUUUAUUACCAGAAGUUGAAGCAUAUGGUCCAAGACAAAAUGCACAGCAGAGCAAGGGGUCCGAGAGCUGUUUUGACUCGACAGCCGACGGAAGGUAGAUCUCGUGAUGGUGGUCUGAGAUUGGGAGAGAUGGAGAGAGAUUGUUUAAUUGCAUACGGAGCUUCUCAAUUAUUGUUGGAGCGUCUAAUGUUGUCGUCGGAUGUCCACGAAAUAGAUCUUUGCGAAAACUGUGGACUGAUGGGGUAUUCAAGUUGGUGUACGACUUGCGAAAGCAGCAAGUUUGUAACAAGGAUGAAGAUUCCUUAUGCCGCAAAACUGCUGCUACAAGAACUAUUGUCUAUGAACGUGCUUGCGAGAAUUGUUUUGGAGGAUGAGUUUCCGAAUAAGCUCCAGUAA